CCCCAGUAGAAGUCUAAAAGACUAAAACCGAUCACUAGAGAUCCGUUGGUAGUAGUCGAAUCCCCAUUGUCCAAUGGUUAGGGUUCACAGUUCGAUCGCUCUUCGUCCUCGUUCUUGCGAAAUUCCUUCUCUCUCUCUCCAUUCCAGGUAAAUAUAUUCCUUUAGUAGUAGGAAGAUGGAUCAUCCACACGAUGAGUGCCGGGUUGGAGUUGAACUUCAUGGAAAACAAGAUAAUGAGGAAGCUGUUGCUCGUGAUGAGGAAUUGAAGAAGUUAGUGGCAGCGAGAAUGGCACUUCGUCACAAUAACUUGAACCCUGAAAGGCCCGACUCGCGUUUUCUGAGGACAUUAGAUUCCAGCAUUAAGCACAAAACUGCACUUAUUAAGAAACUUAAGCAGAUUAAUGAAGCACAGAUAGAAAGUUUGAUGGAUGAGUUGCGAAGUGUCAACUUAGGCAAAUUUGUCAGUGAAGCAGUGACUGCUAUUUGUGAUGCCAAGCUUAGAUCUUCGGACCUACAAGCGGUAGUUCAGGUUUGUUCUUCACUUCACCAAAGGUACACAGACUUUUCGGCAAUUCUGACUCAGGGCCUCUUAAAAGUUUUCCUUGCUGGAAAAACUGAGGAUGAGUUGGAGGCAGACAGGAAUUUAACAGCCAUGAAGAAGCGCAUCACUUUAAAACUCCUUUUGGAACUUUACUUUGUUGGUGUUGUGGAAGAUGGUGAUGUUUUCAUAAGUAUCAUUGAGGAUCUUACUAGCGUAGAGAACUUAAAGGACCGAGACGCAACUCAGACGAACCUGUCUCUUCUUGCCAGUUUUGCGCGACAAGGGCAGACUUUCCUUGGACUUCCACUUUCUGGGCAUGAAAUUCUUGACGAGUUUUAUAAGGGCCUAAACAUCUCAGCGGAUCAGAAGGAAUUUUUCACGAAGGCGUUGCAUUCAUAUUAUAAUGCUGCAACAGACCUACUUCGGUUAGAACAUACUUCACUUUGCCAAAUGGAGCUUGAAAAUGCGGAGAUCGUCAGUGAUGAAAACGCCUCUUUGUAUGAAAAGCUGCGGAAAUCCUAUGACCAUCUGUACCGUGGUGUUUCAGCUUUAGCUGAAGCUCUUGACAUCGAACCUCCAGUGAUGGCGGAGAAUGGUCACAUAACAAGGGUGACAACUGGGGACAGUGCUGGAAUAGAUUCUUCUAUUCUUGAAGCACUAUGGGAUGAUGAAGAUACUAGAGGUUUCUACGAAUACUUACCAGAUCUCAGAGUAUUCCUUCCAGCGGUAUUACUUGGUGAAGCAGGACCCGAGGUGCAUGAGCAAUCUCUGACGACUCAAGAGCAACCAAGUGUUGUGACUUGGGCCAAGGGUCAGCAGACUCAGCACCCCCAUCCAAGAGAGAGAAGAAAGAAGAGAGGUAAAAGUGCCACGAGAGAGAAGGGAAAAGCAAACCACAAUUCCCUACCCCAGGGUUUGGCAUCCGAAUCAGACCAAGGUCAGAUGGCUACCCCAGAUUUUGCAGAGGAUUCUGUUACUUCACAGGAAGGAGAAUUUGAGAAAGAUGAAAAAGAUCAAGAGAAGACCAAAGAUCCUGACAAAGAGAAAGGUAAAGUCAAAGAUACUGGAAGAAGAGGAAAAGGAAAGCAUAAAAUUCAAGCUCUUGAAGGAACAAAUUUGCAUGGUCUUCUGCAGAGGCUUCCAUGUUGUGUCAGCCGUGACCAGAUUGAUCAGUUAACUGUUGAAUUUUGUUACAUAAAUUCGAAAUCAAACCGGAAAAAGCUUGUGAGGGCAUUGUUUAACGUGCCCAGGACAUGUCUGUUGCCAUACUACUCACGAAUGGUUGCAACACUGUCAACUUAUAUGAAGGAUGUCUCUUCCAUGCUCCUUCAGUCGUUAGAGGAAGCAUUCAACUUACUGAUAACUAAGAAGGAUGAAGUGAAAAUUCAAACAAAGAUCAGGAAUAUUCGGUUCAUUGGAGAACUUUGCAAGUUCAGAAUUGCUUCUGCUGGCUUUGUUUUUAAUUGUUUAAAGGCUUGUUUAGAUGAUUUUAGUCAUCAUAAUAUUGAAGUUGCUUGCAAUCUUCUUGAGACGUGUGGCCGUUUUCUUUACCGGUCUCCGGAAACUACUGUACGGAUGGCUAACAUGUUGGAGAUAAUGAUGCGCUUAAAAAACACCAAAAAUUUGGAUCCUCAUCACAUAACAAUCGUAGAAAAUGCUUAUUACUCGUGCAAACCACCAAAGCGAUCUACACGCGUCCCUAAAGUUCGUCCUCCAUUACAUCAGUACAUCAGAAAACUACUUUUUUCGGAUCUUGACAAGUCUUCCACUGACCAUGUGCUUCAACAACUUCAUAGACUACCGUGGAGUGAAUGUGAGUCCUAUCUUCUAAAAUGCUUUAUGAAGGUUCACAAGGGAAAGUAUGGUCAAAUUCACUUAAUUGCUUCACUUACUGCUGGUUUGAGUCACUACCAUGAUGAAUUUGCAGUUGCUGUUGUUGAUGAGGUCUUGGAAGAAAUCAGGGUGGGGCUAGAAUUGAAUGGCAUUGGGAUGCAGCAACGACGCAUUGCACACAUGCGGUUCUUAGGGGAGCUAUACAACUAUGAACAAUUAAAUUCAUCUGUCAUUUUUGAUACCCUCUAUUUGAUUCUCUUUUUUGGGCAUGGGAAAGCAGAGCAAGAUGUGUUGGACUCACUGGAAGAUUGUUUCCGCAUUAGGAUGGUUAUUACACUCCUCCAUACGUGUGGGCACUGUUUUGAUCGAGGCUCGUCAAAGAGAAAACUUGAUGAAUUCUUACUUCAUUUCCAGAGUUACAUUCUUCGCAAAGGUUCAAUACCGCUGGAUAUUGAAUUUGACUUACAGGACUUGUUUGCGGAUUUAUGCCAAAACAUGAUGCGAUAUUCAUCAAUUGAAGAAGUCAAUGAUGCUUUAAUUGAAUUUGUGGAGCAUGAGCGGAUUGUAUCCAUUGAUGAGGCCAACUGUGAGAAGCACUCAGACAUGGGAAAACCUCCAUUUGGGAAUACUUCUUGCACCAUCUCCGCGAAUGGACAUAACCUUCCUCUUGAGGAAAAUGGAGCGGUGUGUCAUGACAUUUAUUCAGGAAGUGGGACCAUUGACCCAAAUGGGCAUGGCGUUGAAGAAGGUUUGCAUGAAGAGAAUCAUGAUGAUGUGUGCAACGGUGGGGAUGAUUAUGGUGAUGGAGGUGCUCUUUCUAUUGAUGAAGAUGAAGAAGUUCGAGUGUGGCAGAAUAAGGUGAUGGAUGUGGAUCCUGAGGAGGAAGCUGAGUUUGACAGAGAACUUAGGUCUCUGAUGCAGGAGAGCUUGGAUUCACGGAAGCUAGAACCGCGCUCCCGGCUUUCACUGAACAUGGCAAUACCUAUGAACGUGGUUGUGGGGCGCACAGAAGACCUUCAUGGAAGAAAAGGGUUAGAAAGCGGUGAUGAGACAUUAGAUGAGGAAGCAGGAGGAAGAAGAAAAGGCGGGAAGGAGGUUAGUGUCAGAGUUCUCGUCAAGCGUGGGAACAAGCAACGAUCGAAACAGCUAUACCUUCCGCUCGAUUGCUCCCUUGUGCGGAGCGCAAAAGAAAGAGAAGCGGCUGAGGUUGAAGAGAGACAAGACAUCAAGAGGCUAGUCUUGGAAUAUAACGAGAGGGAAGAGGAGAGUUGUGGUUUUGAAACCCAACCAAUGAGCUGGAUGCAAAGUGUGGAUUCCAACGGGGACGUGAAGAGGAUUCCUGGAUCACGUCAUCGCCAUCAAUAUUUUGCAGGUGCUGGGUUCUAUUAUAGAAGAAGAAAGUGAGGUAUUUUGAACAUACAAAGCUAGAGAGUAAGCGACUGAUUUGGCACCCUGAGCUCUCUCGCACUACUAGGUUGAUGUAAAUACAACUACUUCUAUUCAACAAUCUGUUGGAGUAUAUAUCCCAUGGAUAUCUCACCCACUACGAGAUUGAAGUCUUUCUUUCCAUCUCUUUCCUGGAAGCAUCGCCAAAGGUCCGAACCCUAAUUUCACGUGUUCCUCCAUUUAGGUAUGCAUUUUUGUGGAGUCACUUGUGGGAGGGUUAUUUCAUAUUGGGUGGUAAUGAGUUUCAAGAAUGUUUUGUGUGUGUUGGGUUGUGGGCUCUGGCUACCUGGAACUUUUUCAACUGCCAAUAUAUAUUUUGUCAAAUGUAAAAGGUUGGGUGUGAAAUAUUGUGAUUUUUUGGAGUCUCUUUGAGACUCACUUUGCAAUAUGUGGUUUCUACAGGACGGAAUUUUUUUAUCA